UCUGCAUGAAUGAGCUCCAAUCAGAUCCACAAUUCGCAAACCCUAAUCCCCAAUUCAAUUUCAAUUUCGACGCCAUGGAUCUCUCUCUGACAGCAAAUGCGAUUCCGAUUCAUGUUUUCGGAGCUGUAAAGGAUUGGAAAUUUCGAUUCAAUUCCAUAUUCUUCCCAUCAUUUUCAUUCUUCGAGUAAUCCUGCAAUUCGAAGCAAUUCCUGACGUAGCUUCCAUUGCAAUAAACCACCUUAAUUAGUCCCUACCAACAACCUUUACAGCUCUCUCUCUCUCUCUAACUUUUCUCCUUUUUUCCAAUUUUCUCACUCCAAACACCUCUCUACACACCCACACUUACUUCAUUAAUUUCCCCAUGGCUACCGAGAACCAGAGCAGGGUUCAUAUUCAUUACAGCCAUUCACAGAGCAAGUUUGAUGUCGAAGAGGUUGUGGAGAACAAAAAAAGGACAAUAAUGACACCAAGCAUUGGGAUGAGGGCACAGCUCCGGCAAGCCUUGUCGGUGGUAAACGGCGGCGGCAGCGAAGAUCUGCCUCCGGCGAGUGGGCCGCCGAGCAUUGCCGGUUCCGAUUACGGCGCGAUUGAGUUCACCGGAGAAGAUGUCGGAGCAUUACUACAUGAGAAGAUCAGAGUUAAAAAUAAAUUCAACUACAAGGAAAAGAUCGAGCAAAUGGCCGAUUACAUAAAGAGACUCAAACAGUGCGUCAAAUGGUUUCAGCAGCUCGAAGGGAAUUACAACGCAGAAGUGCAAAAAUUAAAUAAUUUGUUGGAGUUUUCAAAAAAGAAGUGUGAUGAUACCGAAUCAUUAAUGAAGGCCAAAGAAGACGAGUUGAAUUCGAUUAUUAUGGAGCUAAGAAAAAAUUUCGAAGCUCUACAAGAAAAGUUUUCAAACGAGGAGCGCGAGAAAUUGGAAACAUUGGAUUGUUUGGCGCGAGAAAGAGAUGCUCGAAUAGCUGCGGAAAGACUGCAAUCCACUCUUUCUGAGGAUUUGAGUCGAGCUCAACAAGACAAUGCGAGUGUCAACCAGAAGAUUCAGUCGGUUAAUGAGAUGUACAAGCGGUUGCAAGAGUACAACACGAGCCUGCAGCAGUACAAUACCAAACUUCAAUCGGAAGUUAAUGCAACAAAUGAAUCACUGAAGCGUGUGGAGAAAGAAAAGGCUGUCUCUGUGGAAAGCUUAAGCACAUUGAAGGGUCACUACACUGCUCUGCAAGAUCAAUACACUAUGUCCAAAGUGUCCCAAGAUGAUGCCGUGAAACAAAAGGAAGCAAUAAGCUGCGAACUUACAAGUUUGAGGAGUGACUUGCAACAAGUAAGAGAUGAUCGGGAUCGUCAGCUAUUACAAGUACAAACUUUGUCGGAACAAGUAUACAAAUACAAAGAUUGUGCCCAGAAAUCCAUCGCAAGGAUCGAUACUCUAGAGGCUAAAGAAAAUGAAUUGGAGACAACAUGCUUGAGUCAAAGCAAUCAGAUAAAACAAUUGCAAGAGCAACUUGCUAAUGCAGAAAAGAAAUUGCAGUUGUCAGACAUGUCGGCCUCGGAGACAAGAUUCGAAUACGAAGAGCAAAGGGGAUUAAUUGCUGAUUUAAAAAAUCGAUUAGCGCUCGCGGAUUUGCAAAUGGUAGAAGGAGAGAAACUUCGGAAGAAAUUACAUAACACUAUCCUGGAGUUGAAGGGAAAUAUUCGUGUAUUUUGUAGAGUAAGACCUCUCUUGUCUGCGGAUGGAGCUGAAAGUGAUGCAAAAGUUAUAUCGUUUCCUACGUCGAUGGAAGCAAUGGGGCGUGGCAUUGAUUUAGUUCACAAUGGACAAAAACACUCGUUCACUUUCGAUAGAGUGUUUAUCCCUAAUGAAUCCCAAGAAGAUGUUUUCGUGGAGAUAUCACAACUUGUUCAAAGCGCUCUCGAUGGUUAUAAGGUUUGUAUAUUUGCCUAUGGACAAACAGGUUCGGGAAAAACAUACACAAUGAUGGGAAAUCCGGGACUCCGAAAUCAAAAGGGCCUAAUUCCAAGAUCAUUAGAACAAGUAUUUAAGUCAAGGGAAGCUCUUGAAGCACAAGGUUGGAAGUAUGAAAUGCAGGUGUCGAUGCUUGAAAUCUACAAUGAAACUAUACGGGAUUUGUUAGCGCCGUACAAAGCUUGCUCUAAUGCAUCAAGAGGAGAGAAUGUCGGAAAGCAAUAUGCUAUAAAACAUGAUGAAAAUGGCAACACUCAUGUCUCGGAUCUUACAAUUGUCGAUGUUUGCAGUAGCAAAGAGGUGUCGUAUCUCUUAGACUGGGCAGCACAGAGCAGGUCAGUAGGCAAGACUCAAAUGAAUGAACAAUCUUCGAGGAGCCAUUUCGUCUUUACUCUAAGAAUUGUAGGAGUUAAUGAGAGCACUGACCAACAAGUACAAAGUAUCUUGAAUCUUAUCGAUCUUGCUGGUAGCGAACGCCUCUCCAAAAGUGGCUCGACCGGAGAUAGGCUUAAAGAGACUCAGGCCAUCAACAAGAGUUUGUCCUCACUAAGCGAUGUCAUAUUUGCCUUGGCGAAAAAAGAGGAUCAUGUUCCAUUUAGAAACUCCAAGCUAACAUAUCUCCUUCAGCCAUGCUUAGGAGGAGAUUCGAAAACAUUAAUGUUUGUGAACAUAUCCCCGGAACCUUCUUCGAUGAGCGAGUCGCUUUGUUCCCUACGGUUCGCGGCAAGAGUAAAUGCUUGUGAGAUUGGCAUUCCAAGGCGACAUACUAAUAUGAGAUCUUUCGAUUCUCGUUUUAGCAUUGGCUAAUUCUUUUAUUUUCUUACAUAUACGAGUGUCAUUUCAUGUUUGUUAUCCUAUCCGAUUCUUAAUUACUCGUAAAAAGUUGCAAUUUCUAACCAAAUUUCAGUUAUAACAUGUAUAGGAUAACAUAA